UUCUGUGGUGGUGCUUGUUGUUGCAGUUCAUCUUCAUUGUUUAUAAAGAAAUUUUGUUUCUAAAUACUUAGAAAUAAUUAUAAAGUAGAAAAAUUGAAUAAAAUAAUCAAUCAUGGCGAAGAUGGCAUUUCAGCACCAAGCCGGAACGGCUAUGGAAUGCUUGAGUAUUCCGAUAACGCUUCAAAAAGAAGCCGGUGUCGAUGCAGAAGGAAGAGAAGUUAUGAAAUGUGGCUUUAAAAUUGGGGGUGGAAUUGACCAAGACUACCGUAAAAGCCCCCAGGGCUACACGGACAAUGGUAUUUAUGUAACAGAAGUGCAUGAAGGUAGCCCAGCUGCUAAAUCUGGCUUACGAAUGCAUGACAAAAUUCUGCAGUGCAAUGGCUACGACUUCACUAUGGUGACACAUAAAAAGGCAGUUAGCUAUAUCAAGAAACAUCCUGUACUAAAUCUACUUGUGGCUAGAAAAGGAGUGACAUCCACAUAAGGCAAACACAAAUUUAGUAUUUCUUAAGUUGAAGUUCAAAUGGAGUAUUGUAAAACAAGUGAUUUUAUAAAGUUAUUUAUUCUUUAUUAAUUUUAAGAGAUUUUAGUUUGUAUAUUGAGAAAAUUAAGGACUUGGUAAAAAAUUUUUUACUAUUAGCUAAUUAUUGACUUGGUAACAGCACCAACCAAUGCUGAAAUAUACAUUUUUAUGAGUUACCAUUGAUAGUUAAAUAACAAAAUAUAUUAUAACAUGGGUAAUUACCCAUUUGCUCUCUUGAGUUUUAUGGGUUAGAGGUACCCUGCAGUAAAAUACCCUCUUAUUGUAUUCAAGAAAAAAAAUUCAAAAAGUUUGUCUAAUAUUUAAAAAUUAUUUAACAAAUUUAUAUUAAUGUUAAAAAUGUGAUGAAUUUAAAAUGUUAUGAUAAGUUUUAUAAUAUUUUGGUCAGUUAUUACAAUGUUAUUAAUGAUUUGAAUUAUUCAUAAUGAAUAUUUAAUACAUUCCGUAAAAAAAACUCAUGCACUGUGCCAAAUAUUCCCUUUUUUCAGUGGGUUCUAUGGAAUUUGCCACUGAGAGUUAUUAUUAAAUAAUUCUUUUGAUAAUUCCUACUCUUGGUAUUGCGAUAGCAUUGCCAAAGAUUACUAGAAAUAUUUUCUGAUAAAGUUCAAAACACUGUAAAUUAUGAUGCAUAGAGCAAACCAAAAUACUGAACCACACUGAUACCUUAUUUGUAAGGCUUCUUUUUAAAACUAAGGCUUAGGUUUAUUUUUUUUUUACCUUAUUUCUGAGUAUAUAUGAAUUCUAGAUAUUUCAUAAACUAGUUGUUAUUAAUUAAACUUUAUUAUAUUCUUAUAAAUAACUGUAAUCAUGCAAGUAAAUGGAUUUGUCUGGACUAAAAUUGUGCUAGUAACAUAUUAUUAUGUAU